AUGAACGUGGGCUUCGGUGGGACGAGGAAGGGGGAAGAGAUUGCCGGAAUGGAUGCCGUAACCCUGAAGGAAAAACCCCUGAAGAUGCCGGCGGGCACCAUUCAGCACUUGGUGUUUCAACCCGGCGACAAGCCCCCGUUCUACGCUCCGCACCUUGACCCGACGCAGUACGUCGGGAAGCUCAAGGGGAUGCGUCAGAUCUUAUGGGAGAGGGGGCUCCUGAAGGAAGGCAUGAGCAAGUCGGGAGGCAAGGACGAGAAGAAAGACGAGAGCAUGAGCAUGGAGCAUGUCCUGGGAGAGCAGAAAGACUUCAAGGAAGUAGAGUCCAGCCUGGAGCUCCUGAUGGCACGGCAAGGAGGGUUCUGUCUCACGCUCCCGAAGUACCACUGCGAGUAUAACCCCAUUGAGCUAGUUUGGGGGCGCGCGAAGCACUGGACACGCCAGCACUGCAACAAGCUGCGGGAGCACGUGCCGUUGAGCUUUAGAGCAGAGGAAGAUAGGCAGGCCGUGCAGAUCGUGCAGGCCUUCUGCAAGAAGUCGUACACGCACAACCUAGUGCACCUAAGAACGGGUGCUGUAGGCCCUGAGGGAGAGAAGCAGUACAAGGUGUACACGUCGCACAGGAAGCCAGCACCAUCCGAGUACCUAAAGCCUAGUCUAAGGGGGUAUCCACCAUUGGUUGAGUUUCUUGCUUAUUUAUCCUCUGUUUAGUCUACGUACAUUUUUACCGCUUUUUAUAUGGAUGCCCUCUAUUCUGGGUGAGCGGAGAGUCCGGGGUUGUGGUGGCUGUGUCCUGCCACCGGAGGUUGGCUAUUAUUUCCUUUGGUGCAAUGUGUCGAGGAAUGCCAAGCGUGACCGAGCGAACUCAGUCAAGCUAGGGUGGUGCGGAGAGUGGGCGAGCCUUCGUGGACUCCUUUUCCCAUUUUCCUAAACAUCCAUCAACUCUUCGCAGCCGUUGGGGGUCAGAAGAGUUGGGGACCCUCGGAGAACAGUAAUCUAUUAACACCUAUUCCCUCAGAUCCUACUCGUUAUGUACGUGUAUCUGUGCUCCCUGAAUCUCCAUAUCCUGACCUGCACACUCAUGCCAUUUUUUAGCCACUUUUUAGGCAUCCGGACGUUUGUCUCGUGAUUGAACGUAAAAAAAAUGUUACAGGUGUCCUUGUGGCAACAGGGCUUGGUUUCAGCACCGAUGCUGGCAUCUAGUGCCCGCAGAACGAACGAAUAUUUGCCGGAAAAAAAAAGCAGAAAAAAAAUAAUCGACCAAGUUCACCCCAUUUCGUCGGUUCGAGACUCGCCCCCGCCCACUUUUCCCCCAUUUUUUCAUUUUUUUUUUAAUCGCUCUACUCUCAUGCGCCUUGCCGCGGGCGUUUCAAAAGAUGCCUUUAUUUUUGUUUUCCGCCACCGCAAUCGAAAGUUACAGAGGGCCAACUGUAUCGGGCUUCAUCACUGCGUGCACUGUACCAGGAUAUCCUGGCUUCCGUUGGGCUUGAAUUAACCCUUUUGCUGUCCUCCGCUCUUUGCAUCAGUGGCUUCCUAGAUUCGAGCGAGGGGAUUUGUGUAGCUGAGAUGUGUGUGUACGUGAAAUAAUAUGUAGAGAAGAGUCAUAUUGGCAUUCGCAUCUAGCGCAUUGCGCAUUUUUCGAAUUUCGUCCCCCUUCCAGGGACCUUGAUUUUUACCCGCUGGCACUGACGUCUUUUUAUUGGUCAGCCGGUUAGC